AUGGCGCAAACUGACAUCGAGAAUGUUACGAGAGACCUGGAAAAUCUGGACUUUCAUCAUCCAUACACGCCUUAUGAUGUUCAGGAGCAGUUCAUGAAGGCUGUUUACAAUGUCCUGGAGACAGGAAAAGGACAAGUUGGCAUAUUGGAGAGCCCAACGGGUACAGGCAAAUCGCUUUCCCUUAUUUGCGCUUCACUAACAUGGCUCCGAAACCAUAAAUCACAUCAAUUCGAGGCUUCACUCCAAGAAUCGGCUGAAGCUUACAAAGAUGAACCAUCCUGGCUUGUUGAGCAGCUCCUCCGUCGCAAGCGAGAAGAGCUCGUCAGUCGCUGGGAAGAACGAGAGAAGCGUCUAGAAACCCUUCGCCUUAAAGAAAAAGCGCAAGAAGAGCGCGCCCGUAAACGUCGCCGUGUCGAAGACUCGCUUCCAAGUAGACCGCGUGUAGAAGAUGAAGAUGCGGAGUGGUUACUUGACGAUCCUGAUGAUCGCGACACUGGCCCCCAGGAUGCACUGUCAGGACUCAGCAAAGAGACACGAGAAGUCCUUGCGAGUAUCGGUUUAGGUGGAGCCAAAAAGUUUGAGGAGGAAGAUGACCUCGUAGAAGAGCCCAUAAAGAUCUAUUACACGUCAAGAACACAUUCUCAGCUUUCGCAGUUCAUCACCGAACUACGUCGCCCUUCUUUUCCGGCUUCACUUCCGUCGUCUUUAGAUAAGAAGGAAGAAUCGAAGACCGAAACCGUCAAAUUGUUACCAUUAUCCUCACGACAGAGACUAUGCAUCAACCCUUCAGUUUCCCGUCUUGGGUCUGUUCAAGCCAUCAACGAUCGCUGCUCGGAGCUCCAACAGCCAAAGACAGGACAAAAAUGCCCUUUUGUUCCCAAAGAAGAACUUCUUUCGCAAACCCACCAGUUCCGCGACUCAGCUUUGGCUACGGUGCCUGAUAUUGAGGACCUUCACCAACUUGGCAAGUCACUUGCUGUGUGUCCAUACUACGCAUCGCGUACUGCCCUUCCGGGUGCCGAAAUUAUCACACUUCCGUACCCGCUAUUAUUGCAGAAAAGUGCCAGAGAUGCACUUGGUGUUAAACUGGAAGGCAGUGUUGUUAUUGUUGACGAGGCGCAUAACAUCAUGGAUGCAGUGGCGAACGUUCAUGCGGCCGAGAUCAAGCUAAGUGAUCUGCGAAGAGGACGAGGGAUGUUGGGUGUAUACGUGAAGAGGUUUGGGAAGAAGCUGAAAGGCGUCAACCGAGUAAAUGUCGGGAGAGUGGGGAGAGUUAUCGAUGGACUUAGUGAAUGGAUGGAUGGGGCGCUCAAGUUCAAGCAAGAACAUGGCAUUGUGGAUCCCAACGACUUGACCAGACCGAAAGGUAUCGACCAGAUCAACAUGUUUGAACUCAUCCAGUAUAUCCAAGAGUCUAAGCUUGCCUUCAAGAUCGAGAGUUACAUAUCCCAUGUCGAAAGCGAGGAUGCAAACAACAAGACACCUAGAUCAAGUACGCCAGUACUUCAUAGCCUGGUAUCAUUCCUCAUUGCCCUCACGAAUCUUAGCUCUGAGGGUCGGAUAUUUUACCAGAAGGUCAAAGGACCAGCUCCUGAUAUACAGCUGUCUUACCUACUCUUAUCGCCAACUCAUGCAUUCUCAUCCAUCGCAUCAAGCGCGCGAGCAGUUAUACUUGCCGGAGGUACAAUGUCGCCCUUUGACGACUAUAAAGACCAUUUGUUCCCGUCGCUAGAACCGGGUAAAAUCACGACUCUCAGCUGUGGGCAUGUCAUUCCACCAGAGAAUCUUUGUGUUUGGACACUGGCAUCGUCGCGACCAGGUGCGCCGCCGUUUGAGUUUAGCUUUCAGAGGCGAGGCGACACAGAGAUGAUAACUCAGUUGGGCCUUGCCAUUUUGAACCUCUGCUCGCUUGUACCAGAUGGUGUAGUUAUUUUCUUUCCAAGCUACGGAUAUCUUGAUGAGGUGGUUGCAGUCUGGCAGAAGACUCAAGGGGCAAAUGCGCAGUCAGUCUGGGAUCGACUAGGAAUGCGUAAGGCCCUAUUUAAAGAAACAAGAGGCGCAUCAAGCGACGAAGUGCUGCAGGAGUACUCCGACGCCAUUCAGGGCGACAAAAGCAAUGGAAAAGGAGCUCUCCUCCUCAGCGUAGUCGGCGGCAAAAUGUCCGAAGGCAUCAACUUCUCCGACCGUCUUGGCCGCUGCGUCAUUGUCAUCGGCCUACCCUAUCCCAAUAUAGCAUCACCAGACUGGAAAGCUAAGAUCGAAUACAUCGAGACAACGACGCAGAACAAUCUCAUAGCGCAAGGCACAGCCAAGGAAGAGGCCUUGAGUAAAGGGAAACAGACGGCACGGGACUUUUACGAAAAUGCAUGCAUGCGGGCCGUUAACCAGAGCAUCGGCCGUGCAAUUCGGCACCGGGGUGACUAUGCGGCGAUAGUGCUUGUAGAUCGACGGUAUGGCACGGAGAGGAUCCGGGGCAAACUCCCGGGGUGGAUCAGAGGAGGUUUAGCGAAGGAUAGUCAUGAUAAGGGUCUUGGAGGAUUGAUGGGUGCCGUCGGAGGAUUCUUCCGAGGUAAGAAGAGUCAGAACUUGAAUCAGAAUUAG